CGGACCCGGAACCGGAUGUGCCUUGCUGCUCCGGUGGCGGAGCGCUGGGGCCAUGGCCACGGGGACAGACCAGGUGGUUGGACUCGGCCUCGUCGCCGUUAGCCUGAUCGUCUUCACCUACUACACCGCCUGGGUGAUUCUCCUGCCGUUCAUCGACAGCCAGCAUGUCAUCCACAAGUACUUCCUGCCGCGAGCCUACGCCGUCACCAUCCCGCUGGUCGCGGGCCUCCUGCUGCUCCUGUGUGUGGGACUGUUCAUCACCUACGUGAUGCUCAAGAACCAGAGGGCGGCCAAGAAGGCACAGUGAGGACCCAGCGAGGAGAGGCUCAGGCCAGGCCGAGGUGGCCGCCGCUCCAGCCUGGCCGCCCUGCGCACCUCCCUGUGGGGCGGAGCUGUCCAGCACCCACUCUUGAGCGACAGGACCCAGCCCCACCUGCCCUGCCAGAAGCCAGCAGCGGGAAGGGACCCGGAACGCGGCCCUGUCCCCUGUCUCACGGCCUGAUAGCUGCCGGUCCCCCCCCCCGGGUUCUGCCCGCAGGCUCAGGGUCCCCUCCUGUCACACGCUGGCAUUGACUUGGCGGUUCUGACCAGGCGACCCCUCCGCUUAGGCAGCUUUCCUGGGCGCCACGCAGCCCAGACCCCACAAGGACGUCUGGACUUGGGAAGCCCUGGGGGAGGAUGGACGGACCUCUGGGCCACCCCCAGGCCCCCAGCCUCAGCCACGGGGCUGGCCACUGGGAGACUCUAACAGUAAACGCUGAUCAGGCGCCGUGGCUGUGCUGUCCUUGGCCAGGGGGGCUGGCUGGACGGGCUGGGCUUGGGAAGCCCUGGGGGAGGAUGGACGGACCUCUGGGCCACCCCCAGGCCCCCAGUAUCAGCCACGGGGCUGGCCACUGGGAGACUCUAACAGUAAACGUUGAUCAGGCGCUGUGGCUGUGCUGUCCUUGGCCAGGGGGGCUAGCUGGACGGGCUGGGCUUGGUG